GGGGUUAAAACACUAAACAGCCCAUGAUGCUGGCGAGAGCAUCGACGGGAGAGGACGGACAGUACAGCUGCGACAGUGUGAGCCGGAUCUACAGCGAGCAGGGAGGAGAUCCCCCGACCUGCGCGCUCCACUGGUCGCUCGUCACCAAACUUCUGCUGCUGCGAUACGAUGGGAGCUGCCCGACUGACGACAUAUUAGUCGCCGAUUUGAGGAAUAAUACGAUGGACAAGUCCCCAGAACACAUUGCCCUCAGCGAGUACAGCAUUGCAGAUAUGUCUUCUUCCGAAUCCAAGGACCUGGUCACCAGCAGGACUGAAAGCACCUUGUACAGUUCCUCAAGAAGUGAGUCUUUGUGGACCAACGUACACCGAAGUGCCUGGGACACUUACCAAAAGCCAAUCAUUAUUAUGUCCAUUGGGGGAUCAGUCUUCCUUUUGGGGAUCAUAAUGACCACAAUGUACUUUAUCUAUACAGAUGCUCCGGUCUCCAGGAACUUUGGACCUGUGGCUCUCUCCAUCGGACUGAUGGUUUUAAUUGUUGGUUGUGUUUGGGUGCCCAUCAUCCGGAAGAAAAGAAAACAAAGGUCAUCCUCGCGGCUUUUCCACAAUUCACGUCAGUUUUUCUUUCACUUCUGAGCUUUUCAGGAGGUCUGGCCGCAGGAGAUUUCAUCAGAAAAUAUCCCAACACUACUUGCUUGGUGGGCAUAUCGCGUUU